CCGUAAACAAAACAGGUCACAUUUUCCCAGUCCAGUAAAAGUAAUUUAUUUAAUAGCUUAUUCAAUUAGGUUCACUUCUACCAGCGUGCUCCAAAAAUGUCCGAAAACAUUGACGAAUUGGAUGUGGACGAGCUGGAACAGUUGCUGUUAGAAAAUUACAAAGAAAACGAAGCGGAAAAUGCAAGGGAACAGUUAAAUCGGUCCUCCUCGACCGGCGGUAGCGGCGAUGAUGGUGGUGUUCCGCAACGGAAACUAACUCUCGAAGGAUCCAGCUUUCUCGUGGGUGAUACGGACAGCAACAUUAGCCCGGAAACACCUUUAGCAGCAAAACCCGAAGCGCCCGUUACUGGUGACGCUGAUCUCGACUCGUCCGACGAUGAGGAAACGAGAAACUUUCUCGAGCGCAAGUACAAUCAGUACGGACGACAGAUCAACGAUUUGCUGAAAACGAAGGAGGCGGAGAAAACAGACCAAGCCCUGUCCACAUGGGUCGAUCGAAAGCUGUGGCAAAUCAAUCGCAGCUCGCCACAAACACCGUCGGUAGGGACUGGUGGUGCAGUGGAACAAUCAAACACCCCCGUUACGAAGGCAAGUGGACAGCUUGCCACCAGCAAGCCUACCAGCACAGCAACACAGUCUCCUGUCAGCAAUGGCAGCAUCCCGACCGUGUUUCAGGCCACCGUUCACACCGAUCCCAUCUUCGGGCUGCGCAUAGUACAUCCGCUCAUAUCCAGCCAAACGCUCCAGGAGCGGAUGGAAGGUAAGCGGGCGGUCCCGUUCAUGCGGCUGCGCAACUUUAUCGAAACGGUCGAUCUGCAGCAGGACUGGGCAAUUGGCGGGGUGCUGAUUAGCAAAUCGCCCACCAAAACCACCUCCAAAGGCAAACAGUUUUCCAUCUGGAAGCUGAGCGAUCUGCACGGCGACAUCAAGAUGGUGACGCUGUUUAUGUUCGGGCAGGCGUUUAAGGAUCUGUGGAAAACGGCGGAAGGUACGGCACUGGCCGUACUGAACCCGAACGUGCUGAACAAUAACAAUGAAAAAAGCAUCGAGGCCACGCUGUCUAUCGAUCGCGCUACGAAGGUGAUGGUGUUGGGACAGUCGCGCGAUUUGGGCACCUGCCGGAGUCGCAAGAAGAAUGGCGAUCGCUGUACCGCCAUCGUAAACUUGGGGAAGUGUGAGUACUGUGUGUACCAUAUUAAGCAGGAGUACAACAAGGCAAGCAAUCGGGGCGGUCUGCUAACCUCGACCGGUGGGCGAGGGUUGAACGAGCUGCGCAACAAGGUGCUCGGCAAGAAUGAGGUGUUUUACGCCGGGCAAAGCUUUAGCGCGGUAAAAGCGGUCAAACAUCCGAAGCAGAUCGAGAAGGAUCGUAACCGCAUGAUGACGCUGUCCGAUUACUUCCGCUCGCCGUUUGAGGGUGCAAGUGGGGGAAGUGGUACAUCCGGGGCUGCCUCCCCAUCAUCAUCAUCAUCAUCGUCCUUGUUGCCGUCUUAUCGUGCCGCUGCGCUCGUCGCAGCCAAACCGCCCAAAUCGUCUGCUUCUCGGGUGGAGUUGAACGUUGAGCAGCGGAAGAAAGAUUUCCAACGGCUGCAAAGUCUGGGCGUAUCGACCGAGUCGCUUCAAGCGCUGAAGUCCUCCACCCCGGCUACGACGGCAUCGCAACCGGCAACCGUCUCCCAAAGCGGAGGAACGCCAUCCUCCUUGGCAACUCGAAAGUUCAGCCUCGAAACGGUACCGAAACUGAGCCGCGAUUCGUUCGACAUCGAUUUCACCGCCAAGAAGGUGUCGCUCAAGCAAGCGCUCCAAUCGCGGGCCCGUGCGGCGGCCAUCAUCAAGCAAAAGCCGCUCGAAAAGGCGAACCCGAACUUUAUCAAGUACCGCGGGACGGAACAGGGCAAGAAGCGGGUGCUGGAGGAGCUGUCGAAGUCGAAUGUGGCCACACCGGCCGGGGAGGAAAAUGCGGCCAAGCGCCCGAAGCUGCAGCCCUCCGAGGAGGACGAAAAGGAGCGGGCGCGGAAGGAGCACAUGGCACGGAUCAUCGCGGCGUCCUCCUCCCACCAGGAUCUGGUGGUGGCGAGGGAAAACGAACACCAGGAGGAGUACUUCAAGUCGCUGGAGCGCAAGGAAGCGAUGGAGGAGAAAAUGCUCAACACGUUCAAGAUGGCGUGCAAGGCGGUCAGCUGUGCGCAGUGCAAGUACAUUGCGUUUUCGGCCGCCGACCGGUGCAAGACGGAGGGCCACCAGCUGCGGGUGCACGAUGCGGAGAAGCGUUUCUUCCGCUGUGCCGAUUGUGGCAAUCGGACGGUCAGCUUGUUCCGGAUACCGAAGGUAAGUUGCAAGGCUUGCCAAAGCUCGCGCUGGGAACGGUGCGCCAUGAUGCGGGAGAAGCGCGGCAUACAGGUAGGGGAUGUGCUGUCGAUACGCGGCGACGAGGAGAAGUAUUUGGGCAGUUUGGCGGGGGCUAGUGCAAGUUUGAAUCUGCUCGUGCCGGAGGAGAGCUGAGGUUGGUGCACCUAGAAAGAGAGACUUUGUGUAAAUUAAGGCAAGAUAAAUUGAUUGAAAUAAAUGUAAAACCUGUUGAC